ACAAGAGGGAAAAGUUGCCGUUGUCGUCCGUAGAAGAUCAUCCCCGCCUCCGUCUGGAUACGCGUGAUCUCUGUUUUCCACGCCUUCAAAAACAAGGGAGAUUCGCCAAGAAAUACGAGAUUUUCACCGGAUGGGAGCUUUGUUUCUUCUCGUUACGCAAGAGAAAAGGGCAAUGAUGAGCUCUACGUCUGAUCAAAUGCUAGCUGGAAACAGUAUUGUCCGAGGUGAUCUACCCAGGUGAGGUGGUGUGGCGCUGACCGAUAUGGAGGUGGGAGACCUGCCUGUCGAGCUUUGGCGCCUCAUCUUGGCCUACUUGCCUCUGCCGGAUCUGGGCCGCUGCUGUCUGGUGUGCAGGGCCUGGAGGGAGCUCAUUUUGAGUUUGGAUAGCACACGUUGGCGCCAGCUCUGUCUAGGGUGCCCUGAAUGUCGGCACCCGAAUUGGCCCCGCCGCCCCCACCUGCCCCCGGCCUCCUGGAGAGAGGCUCUCCGUCAGCACGCUCUUGCCAGCCGUACUUGGACCCAGAACGGCUCAGACCUUCACUCAUCUGCCUGCCUCCACCUCUUCCGGCGGAGGAAAGACCGCAGGGUUUGGCAUGUUGCUGCUGUGGCGGGGGGUGGGUAUGAGAGUCUCAGGGGGGCACUGGCUGUGGCAGGCCCGUAUGACAAGGUGGUGCUCCAUCCCGGUGUAUAUGAGGAACAGGUGGAGGUGGCUCUUAAAGUGCCUGUGGAGAUUGUUGGAAUGGGCAAGCUGGGCGACGUGUCGUUGUUGGUGAGCUUCGAUCAACAGUGCCCAACGGCGAGGCUGUGCAAUGUGGUCUUCAUGCCAGCCUGGUUUUCACCUGUGGUUUAUAAGACAUCUUCUGGGCAUGUCCAGUUGGACAACUGUAACUUUGAGGGCUGUCAACUGCAUAUUCGUGGUCCAGGGACGUGCCAGGCUCGUUUCUGUUCUUUCGCCCAAGGCAGCUCUGCCCAUUUCCUGGGCGUGACCAUCAGUUUAAUGGACAGUUGUGAAUUCUCAGGUGGCGAUUCUGCUUCUGUCACUGUGGAAGGUCCUCCGGUGUCUGAACGAAACUGGGCCUUCAAACACCUGGUCGCCUUGGCCAAGACCUUCACCAUGAUGACCAGUAAUGGAUUGGCUGAAAUGUCAAAUCAAGGCACGAAGGACAGUGUGAGCACUGGUAGUAAUGGAAACUCCCCUUUAGAUGGAAUUAACACAAUGGAGGACUGGAGUAAACCGGAAGUCGAUUGGGAAACAACAUGGGCAAAACAGAAAGGUGGAGAUAGUCUCCUUCCAGGUCAGGAUGGUACCAUGAUUGAGGAGGACGGCAUGGAAACUUCAAGUGAAUCAAGUGAAGAAGAUGAUGAUGAUCUAGAUGGCGAGAAAAGCACAGGAUUGAAACUUUCGUAUGACCAGCAUGGAUUAGCGCAUCUCUCCAAGACGGAUAUGCCCAAUUCUUCUGUGUUUCCUGCACUGUUGAAUCUGUCUGCAGAGUUACAGAGGGAUGCAGAGGCACGGGAUUUGACUGCGUCGGUUCAAGGCUGCUUGCUGCGUCGCUGUCUGCUGCGGGAUGGAAAGGGUGGUGUGCAUCUGUGCAAUCAUGCUCAAGCUCGACUGGAGGCCAAUGUGUUCAGGGGGCUCAACUAUGCAGUGCGCUGCAUCCAGAAUGCCAAAAUGGUGAUGUUGCAUAAUGAAGUGUGUGGGUGCAAGGCAUCUGGUGUGUUCCUGCGACUCUCCGCUCAAGGUCUAAUCGCUGAGAACAACAUUCACUCCAAUGGAGAAGCAGGACUAGACAUCCGCAAAGGGGCUAACCCUAUCAUACUGUGUAAUAGAAUCCACAGUGGCUUGCGUUCGGGGAUCGUUGUUCUGGGCAACGGCAGAGGUUCCAUUCGAAGCAACCAGAUCUACGGCAACAAGGAAGCUGGCGUGUAUAUUCUUUUCAAUGGCAACCCAGUGGUCAGUGGAAAUCACAUUUUCCAGGGGCUCGCAGCAGGCAUUGCAGUCAAUGAAAACGGAAGAGGACUGAUCACUGAGAACGUGAUUAGGCAGAAUCAGUGGGGCGGUGCUGAUAUCCGUCGAGGAGGUGAUCCAGUCCUCCGCAAUAACUUCAUCUGUUACGGCUAUUCAGAUGGAGUGGUGGUUGGAGAGAGAGGAAGGGGACUUGUUGAAGCCAAUCACAUAUAUGGCAACAGAGGCUGUGGAGUAUGGGUAAUGUCAUCUAGUCUACCUCAGCUUAUUGGAAAUCACAUUUCCCAUAACCGCAUGUAUGGACUGGCCGUGUUCUGCCGAAAGGACACAGAGUCUGCAGUGAACCGGGAAGGCUACCGUGCUUUACAGGACAGAGACAGAGGAGAACGGGACAACUUCAAUGAGGAAGGAGAAUUGAUGGCCUGGGAGAGUGACAUCGACAGUGAAGACGAGCGAUUUUCCUCCAGGCGGCCAAUCACAGUUGCUUUGGUGGAAAACAACUGCAUUAGCCAAAAUGGAGCCGUGGGAGUGUUUGUGAAGAGCAGUGAGCCUCUGAAUGUGGUGUCCAACAUGGUGAAGAGUAACAGAGGAGCCGGUGUGUGUGUGAUUCAGAGCGCUCAGCUCACACGUCUGGUUGGGAACUGUGUCCUCUGUAAUGGCUGGACAGGAGUUUCUGUGGACAGAGAGUGUCGAGUGGAGCUGCGCGGCAAUGGAGUUUAUGGUAAUGCCUGUCACGGGAUCUGCUUCAGAGGAGAUGGGCUCGUUGUGGAAAAUGAUGUGGUGGGAAACACUGCUGGCGGAAUACGAGUGAUGGACAAUGCAGAUGUUAAAGUGUUGAGGAAUCGUGUUCAGGCGGUGCGAGGCUAUGGGAUUUCUGUGAAGCAGCUGGCUCGAGGUGUGGUUCAGGAAAACCUGGUUUAUCAGAGCCGCCCUACGACCACUAAAGCCCCCAUUCGGACAAACGCACAAAACUUGGAGUGUGUCGUACUUAACAACUCUCUGCUCACACCCAGAUCACAAGCCCUUUGGGCACUGGAAAACCCGCCUGCUCGUCCCCACAACAGUAACCCCUCCAGUGUGACGCCCUCCACAAUCCCUGCUCACCUUGCACUCACUAUGACGAACCGAAUCACUGCCUCUGUUGAAAGCGGCUGUCAUAAUAAUGGCAGCAUCUUUUGCUCCAUUUUAUGAGGUUGGAGCUCAACAACAACAGGUGGAAAUUCAUGAAAUUGUUCCCCAGUGAGUGACUUUUGAUUUGGAUGAUGGACAAUCAGAUUGAGCCUCAAGCACUUGACCAUCAAAUGAUCAAAAAGCACUUUUUUUAUAUAUAUGAUUACGACUAACCAAAGGUAGGUUGUUAAGUAGUCUGCUUCUCAAACUAUGAAGGAAUUAAACCACUUUUUUAAUAGAAAUGAAUUAUUCCAUUUGCUCAAUAUGGAAAUGAAUCUGGUCUGGGAUCAGUGUUUACAAGCAACUGACUGGAAUCUUUAUCUUAUACCUGAAAUCUGUUUCCCUACCAAUCCAACUGCCACUUCAUCCAAUACAGGACAUGUUUUAGUUGGAACUGCUGGAAGCCAAUCUAGGUACUUUAAAAAAAAUCACAUGCAUUUUGUUGUCCUGUGAACCUACAGCCUGUUAUUAUUUCAGCAUGAAGUCAGGAGGGAGAAAGACACACAGGGGAAGUCGAAGAGAGAGACGUGUCAUGUGCCCUUCCCUAUCUCUUCCCAAAAGACUGUACUGAGAACAGACAAUAAACAAAUUCAGUGCACAUUGGGGAUUAUAGUCCUGUUUGCUUCUGCAAUGGACAAAAACACAACACAUACUGGGUCCCCAGAUGCAACUGAUCAGCAUCACCGAUUGGCUGCAGCAUGUCAUGGAGCAACUUUCCAGUGAAAUCCACCAUUUCUAUGUACCUGUGCGCAAAGUUGAAGGCUUUUGUUGUAUGAAGUGGCUGAAUGGUGGGAACCAUUUAUUUGUAACUCAUGACCACAAAACCAGACAAAAGGGUCAACAUUUGAAAUUAAGGUUUAGACAUCAUUUGAAAUAGGCUUUUGUCUUGAAAUAUUUGAAAAUCUGUAAUCUAAGGGUUAAAAAAAAUCUAAAUGUUCAGAAAAGUCUCCUUUAAAGUCCAAAUUAAGUACUUAGCAAUGCAUAUUACUAAUCAAGGAUAGGUUUUUGAUCUACUUGCUGAAGCAAAUAAUAAUAAUAA